AUGCGGCAGCCCAAGGGAUUUGAAGACCCGGCAAAUCCUAACUAUGUCUGUCGGCUGAACAAAGCCAUUUAUGGUCUUCGUCAAGCUCCUAGACAGUGGUACACCACCUUCACAACAUUCCUUACCCAACUUGGCUUCACACAUAGUCAAGCGGAUCCUUCUCUACUAGUGUUUCGGCAAAACAACGUUGAGAUGUACCUGCUAGUAUACGUCGACGAUAUCCUGCUUACCGACAAUAAUUCCCAAGCCGUUACAAAGCUUAUGACUCAACUCAACUCUCGGUUUACUAUGAAAAAUAUGGGCACUGCUCACCAGUUUCUCGGCAUCAAGAUCGACACCUUUCCAGAUAAGUACAUUCUAUCUCAAUCAGUUUAUGCCAAUUCCAUAGUUCAAAUGGCUGGGUUGCAACGUUGCAACUCGGUCUCUAACCCAUCUUUUACAAAACUUCCAUUGGCAAAACCAGAUGACGCGGCUUACUUCGAUGCAUCUAUGUAUCGCAAGCUCAUCGGAUCUUUGCAAUAUUUGACUUUAACUCGACCGGACAUAGCAUACACGGCCAAUUCUCUCUCUCAACACAUGCACAAUCCGACUGCAUCUCAUUCUUUUCAACUCAAGAAAUUGCUGAGGUACAUCAAAGGAACGCUCGAAUUUGGUCUACCAGUUGUUCGAUCAGACCUUCGGCUUCGCACAUUUUCAGACGCGGACUGGGCUUCCGAUCCGGUAUCCCGAAAAUCUACUUCUGGUUUUUGUACUUUUCUCGGCGACACUAUUGUUUCCUGGACCGUGAAAAAGCAAACUACAGUUUCAAGAUCAUCUACUGAAUCGGAAUACCGAGCAUUAGCAUCCGCAACGGCAGAAACCAUUUGGAUUCGGCGUCUCCUAGCAGAUUUCGGCAUCAAGCAUGACUCAUCGGUGGACAUCUUUUGUGACAACAUGUCUACAAUUGCCUUAGCAAACAACCCGGUCUUUCAUGCUCGAACCAAGCACAUUGAAAUCGAUCAACGCUUCGUUCGAGAUCACAUCCAGAAACAUGACAUCCGCUUGCUGCCUAUUAGCACGAUCGACCAAAUUGCGGAUAUUCUCACUAAACCGCUAACAACUCCUAGAUUCAAACUUCUACGAUCCAAACUUACAAUUGUUCAAAAUUGUCAGUUUGAGGGGGAAUGUUAG